CGGCGCUCAGGUUUGCCUGCCUCGCUCUUGUAAGUUCUUCCUUUUCAAUUGUUACUUUACAGUCAGAUGGGGUUGGAUUUUUGUAAUUUUUUUCAUGGUAAAUUCAACUCUUGAAGAGUUUUGCACUCGCUAUUAGGAAGCCUCCAAAUCUGAAGCUCUUCCUGCUGCCUGGAAAUCCUAGACAUCUGCAAGAGUUCACUGCGAAUAGUUCUACUCAGUAAUGAGGCUGACAAAGACCACAAGAUCUAGAUUAAAAAUAGGAUGCAAGAUAUCAUGCUGCUAGCACUUGGUAAUGCAAAACUCAUCUUGUCCUUGCUAGCAAAGAAAAGUUGUCUCUCUGCUACUGUCUGGGGAACAGCAGCGCAUUCACAUCCAGCCUGGGAGCUACACCAAAUUAUUUGCAUCCUGUAAAUGCUUAGCUUAAUGUCCAACCGAAAACGUGAACCAAACGGGCACAGCUCAAAUCAUCUAUUUUGCUUUCAGAAGACAGAGUGAGUGAGAGCUUUUUAGACUUAAAGCUGGAAAAAUAAAACUUGGAAAGGGAAAAAAAAAAAGAGAAAGAAAAAGAACAUUUGGUUUGCAUUAGAAACCACAGACAGCUUCCAUCGGGCGUGCUGAAGGUAUAAGAAUGGCAAGAGAAAAUGACAAGCAGUGAGAGCACUGGAGGAGAGGAUGAAUCGUUUGGAGCAUUGUCUCUGAAGUAAUUGUCCAUGCUACAGAUACCUUGCUUGGCAUUUGGUGGAUGAUGGAGAAGAAUCCUAAAGCUUGGUUCUUGCAAUGCUGUUUGCUGUGUAAAGUAACAAUUCUGGAUAACUUAACUGGAAAUCUUAGAGACUCUGGGUUUGGUACCUCCUGUGUUUCUGUCACUUAUGCAACCCUGAUUCACCAGCUCUGGAAAGGAUGUUGCCUCAGUUAAGGCUUGGGCUGUGAUCUAAUAUUUAGAGCAAGAGCAAGCAUUUAACUGGAAGUCUUCAGGUCUGCUGGGUUUAUUUUCACCUCAGCCACUGGCUUGCUUUGAGACCUUAGGCUCUUCAGCACCAGAGAGGCAGAGAAAGUUAUUGAAAGUAUGAUGCCCCAUAAAUGGGAGAACGACAGGAAAAAGAGCAGCACCAGCAGCUCUCUGAAGAUGGAUGGGAAGAGCAGUGCUGGGAACAGGAAGUCGAGAAAGUUUCGCUCCCUCCCGAGAUCGCUCAUCCUGUGCAAUGCCAGGACCAGCGACGACAGCUCCAGUCCUGACGAGAAGUGCCCUGAUCCCUUGGAGAGCUCUACCAGCUGGCGCCAAGGGGAUUUGGACUGCUGUGCUAGAACACCACUGCCGUACACACUGGAGACAGAAGAGAGCCCUCCCGACCCUCCACGUGUGAUCACCAGCAUGGUCCAGUCCAAAGCAGCAGCAAACGAGAACUGCAACAACACGAGGAGAAAGUUACUCACCAAGGACAGCUGCAUCUGCAGGCUAUGUGCAAGCACAGGGAACAGCAGCUCAGCAAUCAAGUUGUCCAGAACUCCGAAGUGUGCAUCUCUCUGGAAAGGGUUCACAAGCAGCCCCAUGCCUGCUGGAGGUGCAGCUAACAGGGAUGGUCGUCUGCACCCAGGGGAUGGGCUGGUAGCACUAAAUGGACAACCACCUAGAGCCCCGUCCAGCAAGGAGGCUGACUCUCUCGUCCACCCCCCAGCACGGCUGAAGACCAUCACAAUGGUUAGCAGAGAGACGCCGAGCUGCAAGGGAAGGCCUCUGGAAACGCACAACAGCUUUCUGCACAGGAAGGCUGCCUGCCAGCGCACCCGCAGCAACUCCACCAGUGUGAACCCCUACUGGGUGGGGGAGAUGGACUGCUCAGCACCGCGGAAAGCCAUCAGGGACCGGCAGCCCCAUGCGCUCCACACUGGCCACAAGUCUCUUUCCCAACAGCUUGACUGCUCUGCAGGGAGGACCCCAGCAAUUUCAAGGCCAUCAAGAUCACUCAGUACAGCACAGCUAGUGCAGACCUUCUGCUGCUCCCAGGCCUCUGUCAUCUCCAACAUCGUACUGAUGAGAGGACAAGGCAAGGGUUUGGGCUUCAGCAUCGUUGGAGGCAAAGACAGCAUGUACGGCCCAAUAGGCAUCUACGUCAAAACCAUCUUCCCUGGGGGAGCUGCUGCUGCUGAUGGAAGGCUGCAAGAAGGCGACGAGAUCCUGGAGCUGAACGGAGAGCCCAUGCACGGCCUGACACACUCCGAUGCUUUGCACAAGUUCAAGGCCAAAAAGGGUCUUUUGACACUUACAGUCAGGACGAGCUUCAGCACGCCUCAUUCCGCUGCCAGCUGCCUGUCACCCCACUUGUGCCAGUCCCUGAGCCCAUGCAUAACCAAAGAGAACAGCUCUUUCAGUUCAGACAGUGCAGCCUUCUCACUGAAUGCCACAAAGCCCAAUGACAGGAUCAUCAUGGAGGUUACCCUCAAUAAAGAGCCGUGUGCUGGCCUUGGCAUUGGGUUGUGCAGCAUCCCCUACUUCCAGUGCAUUUCGGGGAUUUUUAUUCACACUCUCUCCCCAGGUUCAGUGGCACAUAUGGAUGGAAGACUCAGGUGUGGAGAUGAAAUAAUUGAAAUUAACGAGGCUUCAGUACAAAAUAUGACUCUCAAUGAAGUGUAUGCUGUCCUAAGCCACUGUGACCCUGGUGCAGUGCAGAUUAUCAUCAGCAGACACCCCGAGCCACAGGUGUCUGAGCAACAGUUAAAAGAAGCUGUUGCACAAGCUGUGGAGAACAGAGUUGGAAAGGAGAGACACCAAUGGAGUACCGAAGGGGUUAAAAAGCUAGAGACAAGCUGGCAUGGCAGAGAUCCGUGUGAGAAACACCUGGAGAGGAAGGGUGCCCACGGCCCCCGAAGGAUACAGAGGCUAAUGACCCGCUCCAGCAGUGACAGCAGCUACAACCCUAGGUCCUCACCCGGGGAUGGUGCUGUGCACCAGCUAAGUGACUUGCAAGCACGGGUCCAUAGCAUCGAUGUGCCAGUUACCAGACAGCCUGGCCUGCUGCAUUCCCUGUCUGAUAAGCACCCAGAGAGAAACUCCCCUCCUGCUUGUAGGGACGGGGGGCAACCCUUGCAAAGCACUAAGAAAUCAUCAGAGAUCCUCGUCAGAAAACCUAAAUCAUUCAAGCCCAAACCUCCACCAAGGAAAUACUUCAAGCAGGACUGUACAGGUAGUGACCAAAGUGACCCAGACAGAAAAGCAAAGCUCCUAUCAGAUGUGGCUGUCUCACCUUCUGCAAGGCUACAGCAGGAAGCUGGAGAGCCAGUGCCUGAGGGACACCAAACCAGUGUAACCCACAGUGUCUUUACCACUUCUCCUGCAGCAUCUGACUCCGAUCACACAGCUGCUGUUCUGCUGAGCAGAGACCAAGACGGAAAAGCAGACUUGGGGGAUCCACUGUCACCAAUACGAAGGCCUGUACUCAAAAGACAAGCACGUGUGGAUUACAGCCUUGAGACAACAACAGAAGACCCUUGGGUUAAAAUUUCUGACUGCAUAAAAAGCUUAUUUAACCCUACCAUGAGUGAAGACAACGUCCACUUAGAUUUGCAACCUGGCAUUGACAAAGGGACCCAAAAUCGAAGCAGCUCAGAGACAGUUCUGAAGAAAUCAGAAUCAGAAGCAGUCAGCUCAAAAGUGCUAAAAUCAGAGGAAAGCGACAGUGUGAAGAGAGGCCCUCCUGUGGCACCUAAGCCAGCCUGGUUUCGCCAGAGCCUGAAAGGACUGAGGAAAACAAAUUCGGGUGUAAAGACACAGGCAGAUCAAAAUUGCCCUAGCUCCGAGAGCACUGCCAGCAAAGAGCUGCAGCCCGGCACGUCCCGUGUCUCUGCAAGCGGGGCGUCCAUAAAACAAAGAAUAAACUCAUUCGAGUCCUUGAGUGCUCCACAGUCACCUGAAAAACCGCAGCGAAGGUUUGGCCUGAAGCCGUCAGCCCCGCCAGAGCCCUCUGCCGCUGCGGCACAGGCAGAAGCGGCUGCAGCCCAGCCGCACCAAGCCCUGCUCCAGCACCAUGGCGCCAGCCAGCAGCCACCUCUGCUCACCUGCACUAUGAGCCUCGACAGGCCUUCCCCUUCCAGAGAGGUCCUGGUGGCUAGCGCGGGGAGAAGCAACGCCGGCAGCAGCGGGGAUUCGCUGUGCCUCCCAAGCACCGCGGCCCUGGCAGCCUCCCCUCCGGCAGCCUCCCCUCCGGCAGCCUCCCCUCCGGCAGCCUCCCCUCCGGCAGCGGCGGCGAAAGCUCCCAGCCUGCGGUCGCGAAGCUUCCCACUCGCGGGCUCCUCGGCCUGCCAGAUGAUGAAGCCACACGAUGAGAGGUGUAGCAAAAUCUAUUCCAUCAGCAGCCAGGUGUCAUCCGCCUUAAUGAAAUCUUUGCUUUGCCUUCCUCAGUCUCCAGCCAGUUCUGGAAACGGCACCUGGGAAGCUCUGGACACACUGUCUCAGUCCUCCGCAGAGGAGGAGGGGACUUCUCUGUCACCUGAGCGUCACCACCUGGAUACUGGGUUUUCACUGAACCUCUCAGAGCUGCGGCAAUACACUGUGAGCCUGGCAGGCAGUGAGAAGGAGGAAGAGCAAGAGGAAAGCAGCUCACCUCAGGCAUCCGCCGCACCAGGGCAGUCUGUUAUCUCUCUGCUUUCCGACGAGGAGUUAUCAGAGCUGAUAGAGGAAGUCAAAUCUCUGGACGAAGCAACCUUAAAGGAAUUUGAUGAUAUUCGUGUCACAGUUUUGCAUAAAGAAGAAGAUACUGGGCUUGGCUUCAGCCUGGCUGGGGGUGUUGACCUAGAAAACAAAAUGAUAACAGUCCACAAAGUGUUUCCCACUGGACUAGCAUCUCAGGAAGGAACUAUCCAGAAAGGAGAUGAAGUGCUGUCCAUUAAUGGAAGGUCUCUGAAGGGUGCGACUCACAGCACUGCUGCAGCGCUCCUGCGGCAGGCACGGCAGCCCAGGCAAGCUGUUGUUGUCACCAGGAAAGCUAAAGGGGGAGAGAAACAGCUCAGUGCUUCCGUCAGCUCUAGCAGCUCUUCAGUAGCAAGCGAUGCUUCACAGGAGCCUGCAGAUACAACCUGCACUGUCACUCUGGAAAAAACAGCUGCUGGCUUAGGAUUCAGUCUGGAAGGAGGCAAGGGCUCUGUUCACGGAGACAAACCCCUCACCAUCAACAGGAUAUUUAAAGGGACUGCACUGGAACAAGGCAGCUCUGUUCAGCCUGGUGAUGAGCUGUUACAAGUGCACACCACGGCCAUGCAAGGGCUCACUCGUUUCGAAGCAUGGAAUAUCAUCAAGGCAUUACCUGAUGGGCCCAUCACAGCUGUCAUCAGAAGGAAGAAUCCAAGCUCUGUUACCACCAAGUCAUCUGAGACUCUGGAAGAGAGGGAAUCAGCUGCUACCGGUACUACAGACAAACAAAGGAUUUUAUAGCCUGCAGCUGUUUGGCUAGCACAGCACAGCAAGGUGCUCAGAAAACAGCCCAGGAGGGCUCACGGGAGCUGACUGUCAGCUCCAGUGCAGGCUGGCUGGGAUAAGAUACACGUGCACAAAAUGCGCAGGAGUCUUAUUUCAGCAGUCAGAAAAGGAUGUUACCAAGUGCGCAGUUAUAAACCAGUGGCUCACUGCUUGUAAUAAAACAGCUGACCGCUCUGCUA